AUGAAAUUCUUUAUCGUACUCGCCAGCGUUUUGGCCGUUGUUGCCGCCAACGAAGAUGCCGAAGUCCUCCGCAGUGAAUCUCAAGUCAAUGUGGAAGAUUUCAAAUACGCCCUCGAAUUGGGCAACAGUGUCAAGACCCAACAAGAGGGAUCUUUGAAUGGUGAAAACUGGGUUGUUAAGGGCUCCUACGAAUUCACCUCUCCCGAAGGCGAACAAGUCUCUGUUCAAUAUACCGCCGAUGAGAAUGGCUACCAUGUUGAUUCUGCCCAACCCUUGUUGCCCACUCCCCCACCAAUCCCAGAGCACAUCCUUAAGGCCAUCGAAUACAUUAAUGCUCACCCACCACCAACCCAGUAA